CAGUGACUAAAAACACAACUAAACCCAACUAACAAAAUAAAAAGUUCACUCGAGAGGGGAAAUGCCAUUGUCUCACAGGAAAGAUUCCUCACACUGUAUCACAAGACGGUAGAUGUAAGAGACAAUGAAGCCACCUCAGGAGCGGGGAUAAUAACCACAAUAGUCAACUAUCAGGAGUCUACAAAGGCCAUUCCUAUAUUAUGCACCGCGUGAGAUGGGUAUGUCGUCCUUUAAAAAGAUGUGGGCGUAAAAGCGAUUGAUGGGCAUCCACUUCCAUCCUUCACCUAGAGAGAGGAUCAAAGGCUAUUAAGAUGAUGAAGAUCAAGAGCCAGAAACCAAUAGCGACGCUGAUACUACUGGCAUUAGGUUGCAUUGCACCAGUCUCUCAGUGCUGCCAAGAUCUCCUUUGUUAUAUAGAUUUCAUCGACACGUUGACAUGUGAAUAUCGGAAGGAUGAAGACAUGAACACCAGUGUUUCUCAUACACUGACUGCAAAUUGGACUUUUGAAGAGUCAGAAGAUACAUGUAUACUGGUUGAGUGUAAAAAGAAACACAAGUACAUUUGCACAAUUAAUAUGGAAAACUUUUCUGGCAAUGACAUUUGCACAAUUACCAGAACGACAAGGAACAAUGGAGAAAAUUCUUCACAGCUCUGCACUUCUUUCAAGAUAGGUGACAAAUUCAGGCCAGUGCCGCCAUUCAAUCUCACGGUAUCUCUUUCGGAAAACUAUAACAUUUCCUGGGAGUCUAUAUAUGACAAUGAUGUCAUGAGAAGUGGGGAACUAGCCUAUGAGCUGAGCUACAAGAAGGACGAAGAGUCACGGCUGAACCAAAAAACUGUCCGGGUCCUUGAAGAUGAAAAAAAUGUGAUCCUCCUGAGGUCAUCUUUUGAAGCUGGGGAACAAUAUGUAGCCAGGAUUCGAGCGCACCCUAAAAGUACAUCUUUAUAUCUUGGUCACUGGAGUGAAUGGAGCUCGUCGAUCACAUGGACAACUCCAAUGGAUGAGCAAAAAAUCCAUCGUCAGAUCUGGUGGAUAUCUGGAAUAGUCGGCUCGGUGGCGUUCCUGGGGAUUCUAAUAACUUGCUUUCUAUAUUCUCCGCUCAUCUGGGGUAAGGUGUGGGUGCUGGUCCCUGACCCGAAGGACUUCUUUGUACCGCUCUACGAAGGACAUCAAGGAAAUUUUAAGAGCUGGUUGGGUCCUCACUACAUCCCAUUCACAACAAUUCCUUAUGAUGGAGGUUCCACUUAUCCAGAAGAAAUUUAUUUCAUGCAUACUUCAGGCAAAAACUUGGAAACGAAGAUGUUUCUUCCCAAGAGAUGCUUAACGGAGAAGAACCAAAUAUUCAGAAUAUGUGGUUGUAUGGAAGAGGACCCUGGCACACAAUGUGGUUCUCAAUGCAUCACCUCUACCAUCACCACCACCACCAUCCCUACAACUGAUGACUCCAUUAAUGAAGAAGAUAGGAGUAGAGAUGAUAGUUACCCUGCCAUUAAACUUGAUAGUGGCAACAUGUUGGAUCACCUCCUAGAUCAAGGAUCUGAUUCACAAUGUACAUUAAUACCUAAGUUUGGUGCUCAUGAAGAUUUCCUAAGAUCUAUAAAUAUGCUAAAGCUUGUGUCAAUACCCCCAGAAGAAUGGGAACUGCAGGAAUCUCCUUCCCCCGAGGAUGAUGAAAAUGUGUAUUAUAAGGAUAAUAAUUAUAAUCCAUUGUCUCCCGACUCAGGAAAUAGUGGUGACUUUGGCUAUCCCAGGGUAUGCCUGGAUAUGGACACAAUUGACAGUGGUUUUGUAGACUCUGAAUGUGGGAGUCCGGUGGACAGUAAUUUCGGACAUAGUGACAUUCCGACAACACCGCUAAACCCAGAUCCUGACAAUGAAGAAGAGGUAAUAAAUAAAAGAAACUAUGUACAGCAAUGGGUGCCCAAAGCCUUCUAGUCAAUAACCAAGCAGAGGGCUAUGGAAGCUAUGGAAAUACGGCUCCUUUUUUGUAUAAUAUUGAAGCAACUUAUGAGUUUUUCAGGUUGUUGAUUCAGACUGAAGACAUCUAUGGUUUAAAUAAAAUGGCUGAGAACCUGUCCCAGCCGAGUCCUGUUGGCUCAAUUGUUGGUGCUCUUACAGUGUCUCAGCCCUCUAAGUGGAGAGAUGAGUGCUACUCACAAAAGAAUGGCCUAUAAAUAUGUGAGCUGCAAAUGGUAGCAACCCCAUGAAUGUAACCUCUGCACACAACCUAUGUAUGAGCUCUCCAUUAGGAAUCAGACAGGAAGCCCAAUAAGUGCUCUGCUCAAUCAUAGAGAUAACAGUGUGGCUUGUCAGUCACAACCAUUAAAGGGGUACUCCGCCUGUUUGACUGCUGGGGUCCCGUCGCUGGGGACCCCCACGAUCUCGGCUGCGGCACCCCAGACAUGUGGUGCACGAAGUGAACUUCGCUCCGUGCCGGAUGGCUGGUGAUGUGGGGCAGAGGCUUGUGAUGUCACGGCCGUGCCCCGCUCAUGACAUCAGUCACGCCUCCUCUCAUAGACUUGCAUUGAGGGGGCGUGGCCAUGACAUCACAAGCCGGGCACAGCUGUGGCAUCACGAGCAGCCGGCGCUGCACCCAACGUGCUAAACGAACGCCUGGUGCAGCAAUGAGAUUGUGGGGUCCCUUGGAUAGGGGAUAAGAUGUCUAAGGGUGGAGUAUCCCUUUAAGUCCUCUAUAAGAACAGGGAGGGAGAGGAAAACUAAAGAUCAGUGAUCACUACCCUGUUACAGAGGACACUGUGGAUCCUGAAAAUAACUUUUCUGUCGGUCGGUAUGACUACAGUGAUACCAGAUUAUGUUGUUUUUAUUAUGUUUUGACUAUGAAGUAUGUAUGACAUUAAAGAGGUUGUCUGGUGAGCAGAAAAGGCAUUACCUUCUUCUCUCUGUGUUCCUCUACUAUCCUCAGCACAUGGACAUAUACUGUCAUGUCAGGCAGGCAUUGAGUGAAGCCCUAAUCUUGCCCACAAUUCUUGCCCCUAAUCUUGCCCAUCCUUGCCUACUUGCUUUCCCAUCCUAAACAAGGAGUCCACAAACACAAGGACAUUCCCCACCUACUAUGUGCAGGGGCAGACAGAGUCAAAAUAAUAAACUACAAACCAGUAGGAGUCGGGAAACAGCUAGAGGCACACAAGCUAACAGAGAUACAGAAUUAACCCUAUGGGUGCAGACAGAACCAGUCAUUACGUAUACAUUCUGAGAUGAAGGGGGUAAUAAAUCACAGUCAUUGUGUGGUGUUACAGGGAACUGCAGGGAACAUCUACUAAAUUGGAAACCAAGCCUGCAUGCAAUGUGCAAUAGCUGUGAGAUACUGCAGUGACAUCAUAAAACUAUUGGAUAUUGCAUGUGGGCGUGGUUUUGCCUGUACACAAUGAUCACAAUUUGGUAGCACCCCUGCCAUGUAUCGCGUAUUUCCGAGAUGUGCUGAGGGUGGAAGUGGAGUGGUGGGGAUCAGAAGAGGUCAUGUCUUUCCUGCUUCCUGGACAAUCCAUUUUGGAAAGCUAGUUACAAAAGAAAGUACAUUACAAAAUAAUAUCACAAUGUGUAUUUUUUUUUUACAGUGUUUACCAUGCAAUAACAUGAUAUUUUAAAGGUUCUGACAUUUACAAAUGUAGCAAUACCAAUUAGCUUUCUUUUAUAUUUAUUUUUAUAUAGAUAUAUAUUGUAAAUGGGGGGGAAAGCAUUUAAGUUGUUAAAUUGCUGGGAUUAGAAUUUUCUCUGAUCCUGGCUGUUUCAGGCAGGUUUAAGCUCCUGAGCCUGCCUACAGUGGG